AUGGCUGCACAUUCUAUCGAAGAACUGUUCCCCUUCCAAGGGUUGCUCCCCAAAGAGGAGACCGGCGCUGCGUCUUAUCUCACUAGGUUCCCCGAUUACGAUGGACGGGGUGUUCUCAUCGCUAUCCUCGACACUGGCGUGGACCCAGGGGCCCCGGGCAUGCUGACCACGACGGAGGGGAAGCCAAAGAUCGUUGACAUCAUCGAUACGACGGGCAGCGGAGAUGUCAACAUGGCAACGGUGGUGGAACCUAAAGACGGGGCGGUGACUGGGCUCUCCGGGAGGACGCUCAAGAUCCCUCAUACCUGGGUUAAUCCAUUAGGAAAGUACCACAUUGGGAUCAAAAAUGGAUAUGAGUUGUUCCCUAAAGCUCUCAGAGAGAGAAUCCAGAAAGAGCGAAAGGAGAAAAUGUGGGAUCCAGCACACAGAGCAGCUCUGGCUGAAGCUAGUCACCGGGCAGAGCAGUUUGACAUUGCUCACCCCUCCCCCUCACAGGCUGAGGGUCACAGUCAGGAGGUAUUGUUCACAGAUGUCCACUUCAGACCAGGGCAGAUAAGACGACACUUCAUCACUGUUCCACAGGGAGCCUCCUGGGCAGAGAUAACAUUGACGUCUCAGAGUGGUGAUGUGUCCUCUAAGUUUGUCCUCCAUGUGGUCCACCUGGUGAAGCAGAGAGCUUACAGAGCCAACGAGUUCUACAAGUUCUCCUCUCUGCUGGAGAAGAGCUCCCUGACUGAGGCCUUCCCUGUCCUGCCAGGGUGGACGGUAGAGUUGUGUAUCGCCAGGUGGUGGGCAAGCCUUGGUGACGUCACCGUUGACUACAGUAUCUCCUUCCACGGCCUGACCACCUCCCCGUCACCUCUACACAUACAUGCAUCAGAAGGUGUGACUAGUUUUGAGGUGUCCUCUCCUCUGAGGUACGAAGAUGUUUCUCCUAGCGUCACCCUGAAGAGCUGGGUCCAGCCACUCAGACCUCUGAGUUCUAAGACCAAGGCUCUGGGUCACAGAGAUGUUCUCCCCAACAACAGACAGCUCUAUGAGAUCAUCCUCACCUACAGCUUCCACCAGCCUAAGUCAGGAGAGGUGACCCCCAGCUGUCCAGUACUGUAUGAGCUGCUGUAUGAAUCAGAAUUUGACUCUCAGCUCUGGAUGCUGUUUGACCAGAACAAGAGACUACUGGGCUCUGGAGACGCCUACCCACACCAGUACUCUCUCAAACUAGAGAAAGGCGACAACACGGUGCGUCUGCAGGUGCGUCAUGAGCAGGCCAGUGAGCUGGAGCGUCUGAAGGACCUUCCGUUUGUGGUGUCCCACCGUCUGUCCACUGCUCUGACCCUGGAUGUGUAUGAGUCUCACCGCGCUGCUCUCGUGGCUAAGAAGAAGACCAACCUCCUGACCCUCACCCCUGGAGCUAUUCAGCCUUUUUAUGUUACAGCCCUGCCUGACGACAAGGUUCCUAAAGGAACGUGUCCAUGAUGCUAUCUGACUGGCUCCCUGGUCGUGCCUAAGGGAGAGUACGGCAAGAAAGCAGACAUUGUGCCAGUGGUCUACCACCUGAUCCCUGCACCAAACAAGGAGAAGGAGAAUGAGGGAGAGAAGGAGAAGGAGGGAGCGAAGGAGAAGGAUGUGAAGCAGGAGUUUGCAGAGGCUCUCAGAGACCUGAAGAUCCAGUGGAUGACCAAGUUAGACACCAGCUCCCUGUAUGAUGAACUGAAGGACAACUUCUCUUCUUAUCUGCCACUACAUGUUCAGAGGCUGCACCAGCUAGACUCUGAGAAGGAGCGUUUGAUGCGCCUGGGUGACAUCGUGACGGCCUCUGAUAUGGUUCUGUCUCGGAUCGACCAGACUGCCCUGGCGGUCUACCUCACCAUAAAGACCGACCCUCGCCCCGACGCUGCCACCAUCAAGAGUGACAUGGAGAAGCAGAAAUCUUCCCUGCUGGAUGCUCUGUGCCCUGGCUGACCUGGUGCUGCUGCCUGCUACAACCCAGGACGGGGCUGGGGAAGCUGGGGAGGGGGAGGCUAGGGAGGGGGGUGGAGACCGGGGAGAGACUGGGGCUGGAGAGACUGGGGCUGGAGAGGGGGAGGUGACCAGCUCUGACGACGCCCAACAGGGCAGGGCCAAAGACUUGACCGACACCUUCUGGGAGCUGCAGAAGUGGGUGGAGCUAACUGACUCUAAGGUGUUGACGUUCUCCUACAAACAUGCACUAGUGAAUAAGAUGUACGGCAGAGCCCUGAAGUAUGCCUCCAAGAUCGUAGAAGACAAACCCAGUAAAGAGAACUUGAAGAACUGCAUCCAGCUAAUGCGGUCCUUGGGCUGGAUGCACUGUGCCACUUUCACAGAGAACUGGCUGCCCAUCAUGUACCCUGCCGACUACACUCCCUUCUAG